GGACGUCCCGCCCCGCCCCAUCCGGUCCGGCCAGCUCGGCCUCGGCGGCAGCGGCUGCGGAGAAGGCGUGCGAAGCCCCCAUCCUGGAGCCUAGAGUUGCGGAGGCAGCUGCAGGAGAAGCAGGCCUCCUACCGGUGCAAGCUGCAGGCCUACCUGGAGGGCCAGCAGCGGAAGGCCCAGCUUGUGCAGCGGCUGCAGAGCAAGAUUCUCCAGUACGAGAAGAGGUGCUCAGAGCUGGAGCAGCAGCUGCUGGAGAGAUCUGGAGAGCUGGAGCAGCAGCGGCUGAGGGACACAGAGCACAGCCAAGACCUGGAGAGUGCCCUCAUCUGGCUGGAGGAGGAGCCGCAGAGGAGUGCCAGCCUGGCCCAGGUGAAUGCCAUGCUCCGAGAACAUCUGGACCAGGCAGGCUCCGCCAACCAGGCUCUGAGUGAGGACAUACGAAAGGUGACCAGCGACUGGACACGCAGGCGCAAGGAGCUGGAGCAGCGGGAGGCGGCAUGGAGGCGCGAGGAUGAGUCCUUCAAUGCCUACUUCAGCAACGAGCACAGUCGCCUGCUCCUCCUCUGGAGGCAGGUGGUGGGGUUCCGGCGGCUGGUCAGCGAGGUGAAGAUGUUCACUGAGAGGGACCUGCUGCAGCUGGGAGGGGAGCUGGCCCAGAUAUCACGAGCUGUCCAGGAGGUGGGCCUGGGACUGAGCACAGGCCUGCGGCUGGCAGAGAGCCAGGCCGAGGCAGCCCUGGAGAAGCAGGCCCUGCUGCAGGCCCAGCUGGAGGAGUAGCUGCGGGACAAGGUGCUCUGCGAGAAGGACCUGGCCCAGCAGCAGAUGCAAAGCGACCUGGACAAGGCUGACCUCAGUGCCAGAGUGACAGAGCUGGGCCUGGCAGUGGAGCAUCUUCAGAAGCAGAAUCUGGAGAAGGAUCAGGUCAACAAGGACCUCACUGAGAAGCUUGAGGCCCUGGAAUCCCUAUGGCUACAGGAGCCGGCAGCCCUGGAGACAGAGGAUGGAGAGGGGCUACAGCAGACCCUAAGGGACUUUGCACAGGCCGUCUCGUCAGACGCUGAGAGCCGCGUACAGCUGAGCAGCUCCCAGCGCACCGCGGAUGCCUCCGAGGGCAGCCUGCGGGGGCUCUCGGGCCAGGGGACCCCGUCCCCACCGCGGCGCUCCUCACCUGGCUGAGGCCGUUCACCCCGCCGAGGCCCUUCCCCGGCCUGCUCAGACUCCUCCACGCUCGCCCUGAUCCACUCCGCCCUGCACAAGCGCCAGCUGCAGGUCCAGGACAUGCGUGGGCGCUAUGAGGCAAGCCGGGACCUGCUGGGCACCCUGCGGAAGCAGCUUAGCGACAGCGAGAGUGAGCGUCGGGCCCUAGAGGAACAGCUGCAGCGCCUGCGGGACAAGACCGACAGCGCCAUGCAGGCCCACGAGGACGCCCAGCGCGAGGUGCAGCGGCUGCGGAGCGCCAACGAGCUCCUGAGAAGGGAGAAGAGCAACCUGGCCCACAGCCUGCAGGUGGCCCAGCAGCAGGCCGAGGAGCUGCGGCAGGAGCGGGAGAAGCUGCAGGCUGCCCAGGAGGAGCUGCGGCGCCAGCGGGACCGGCUGGAGGAAGAGCAGGAGGACGCAGUGCAGGAUGGCGCGUGGGUGCGCCGGGAGCUUGAGCGCAGCCAUAGACAACUAGAGCAGCUGGAAGGGAAGCGCUCAGUCCUGGCCAAGGAGCUGGUGGAGGUGAGGGAGGCGCUGAGCCGUGCCACGCUGCAACGGGACAUGCUGCAGGCCGAGAAGGCCGAGGUGGCCGAGGCGCUGACCAAGGCUGAGGCUGGCUGCAUGGAGCUUGAGCUCUCCAUGACCAAGCUGAGGGCAGAGGAGGCCUCCCUGCAGGACUCCCUGUCCAAGCUGAGCGCCUUCAACCAGAGCCUUGCUCAGGACAAGUUGGAUCUGAACCGCCUUGUUGCCCAGCUGGAGGAAGAAAAGGCCGCCCUGCAGGGCCGGCAGCGGCAGGCGGAGCAGGAGGCCAUAGUGGCGCGGGAAGAGCAGGAGCGGCUGGAGGAGCUGUGAUUGGAGCAGGAGGUGGCGUGGCAGGGCCUGGAGGGCUCCCUACGAGUGGCAGAGCAGGCCCAGGAGGCACUGGAGCAGCAGCUCCCCACGCUGCGCCAUGAACGCAGCCGGCUGCAGGAGCAGCUAGUGCAGCUCUCCCGGCAGCUGAGCUGGUGGGAGCAGCAGCUGGAGCAGGCCCAGUGGGAGGCCCAGUGGCAGGUGGAGGCGCUGGAGCAAGCGGCCUGCGAGGUGUCCUGUUCCAGAACUACGCGCCCAUGUGUGGGAUUCACCCGGCUGACACUCUCCCGGUCCCAGAAGGUGCAGCAGCCAGCGCACAGCGGGUUUUGA